AUGGCCGACGACGAUGUGGACGACUACAUGACGAUGACGUUUGACGACGAGGCCAGCGGCGGCGGCGGUGGUGGCAGGAGCAGCAGCAGCGGGCGCAAGAAGCCGGAGACGUCGCUGCAGCGCCGCGCGCGGCUACAGCGUGAGGGUCGCGAGCGCGGUCGCGUGCUGUCCAAAGCAGAACAGGCGCGAGCGGCGGAGCAGGAGCGCGAGGCGGCGCUGAGCCGAUCGCUGCUGGAGACGGCGGCGACGCGACCGUCGGCGGCGGCGAGCAAGGGGCUGGCCAUGAUGGCGCGAAUGGGCUUCAAGCCGGGCGAGGCGCUGGGCAGGAGAAGGGAAGAGGGAGCGAUUCAGACAGAUGCCCAGCCGUCGGCGCAGACAGAACCGAUCCGGAUCCAGGUCAAGCGAGACCGUGCGGGCAUCGGAGCGCGGGAGGCGGAGGAGGAGGACUCUCCAAGCACCAAGAGGCCCAAGACGGAGCCGCUCGCCGACAUCGACCCCUUGGCGUAUCGUGACCGCAUCCGGCUAGAGCGUGAGACCCAGCGACUCGACCGGCUCGUGCACGCGGCCCAGGUGGUGGCCGAGGCCAUGGACGAGCAGCUGGCCGAGGCCACCGGCCGCGUGCCGCCCAAGGACCGGCCGCUGGCCGACGUCGACGUGCUCUGGCGCGGUCUCGUGCGCGAUCGCCGCCGGGCUGACAGCGAUCGGAUCGAGCGACAGCGACAGCGACAGCGACUGGACCAGAGCCUGCGGGGGAGCGGCGGCGGCGGCGGCGACGACGACGACGACGACCAAGACGAGGACGAGGACGACCGGCUGGCUGAGGGCAGGACGGCCAGUUUGACGUCGCUUCUCGGCAGUGGCCGGCUCCGACGGACAGUACACGACGAGGCAGACGGGAGCGAGAGCGAGAGCGAGGACGGAAAUCAAAAGGCAGAAGAAGACACGGAGCUAGCCACGUUCGAGGCGCUGUCGCCAGGCGAGCGGCUGCAGAGGAUCGUCGACUGGCUGCGGACGCGUCGGCGGUACUGCUUCUGGUGCAAGCACACGUAUCCGGACGACAGCAUGGAAGGCUGUCCAGGCGAGACGGAAGAGCAGCACGAGUGA